AUGUCGCGCGUCUCCUGCCACCUCCUGCUUCUCUUCAUCCUGCUCCACGACCUACUCUUACAUCCCGCCACCUCCACCAACACCACCGCCGCCGCCCCGCACUGCGCAUUCCGUGGUGUCACGUGCUCCGCGGCCGGCGCCGUCACCGCACUCAACCUCUCCGGACUGGGGCUCUCGGGCGCGCUCGCCGCCUCCGCGCCGCGUCUCUGCGCGCUCCCUCCGGCACUCUCCGCCCUCGACCUCAGCGGGAACAGCUUCGCCGGCGCCGUCCCCGCUGCACUGGCGGCAUGCUCCGGCGUCGCCACCCUCCUCCUGGGCCGCAACAACCUCACAGGAGCCCUGCCCCCGGAGCUCCUCUCCUCGCGCCAGCUCCGGAAGGUCGACCUCGGCAGCAACGCGCUUGCCGGAGAGAUCCCAGUCCCCGCCGCCAACUCUUCGGCUAAUCUCGAGUACCUAGACCUCAGCAACAACUCCCUCUCCGGCGCCAUCCCGCCGGAGCUGCCGGCGCUCCCGGGGAUCAGGCUGCUGAACCUCAGCACCAACCAGCUCUCGGGACCAAUGCCCGAGUUCCCGGCCCAUUGCCGGCUCGACAACCUUGCCGUCGACAGCAACAACAUCACCGGGGAGCUCCCACAAAGCCUCGGCAACUGCGGCAACCUCACCGCCUUGGUCCUAUCCUACAAUAAAAUCGGCGGCACCGUACCGGAUUUCUUCGCGUCCCUCACAGGGCUGCAACAGCUGUUCCUCGACGACAACAACUUCGUUGGGGACUUGCCGGCGAGCAUUGGCGAGCUCGUCAGCUUGGAGAGUCUCGUGGUGUCCAAAAAUGGGAUAACUGGACCUGUCACUGAGGCAAUUGGGAAAUGCCAGUCCUUGACAAUGCUAUACCUGAAUGGCAACCGGUUCAAUGGCUCCAUUCCGUCGUUCGUCGGAAAUCUGAGCAGACUGCAGAAGUUUUCCAUGGCAGAUAAUGGCAUUUCUGGGACAAUUCCAGCCGAAAUCCGGAAAUGCAGGGGGUUGGUUGAGCUGCAGCUCCAGAACAACAGCCUCUCCGGGACGAUACCACCAGAGUUCAGUGAGCUCAGUCACCUGAAGAAGCUGGCCCUGUUCAAGAACAUGCUGCAGGGGACAGUACCUUCUGCCUUGUGGCGAAUGCCUGACAUGGAGGAGUUGCUCCUCUACAACAAUAGUCUGAGUGGAGAGGUGCCUGCAGAGAUUACUCAAGUGAGGAAGCUUAGAGAGCUCAUCGUGGCAUUCAACAACUUCACCGGUGAGAUCCCGGGAGCACUGGGGUUGAACACAACACAUGGACUUGUUCGUGUUGACCUGACUGGCAACCGCUUCCACGGUGCGAUUCCGCCUGGUCUCUGCACGGGCAGUCAGCUCGCCGUUCUUUCUAUUGGACACAACCAGUUCAGCGGGGGAAUUCCCAUCGAGAUAGCUAAAUGUGAGUCUCUCUGGAGGGUUAGGCUGAACAACAACAUGUUCAGUGGGAGCUUGCCGGCAGACUUGGGCACAAACACUGGGUGGUCAUUUGUGGACUUGAGUGGCAAUCAGUUCCAGGGAAGGAUACCGAGCGUGCUUGGUUCCUGGCGCAACCUCACGAUGCUUGAUCUAUCUGGCAACAACUUCUCUGGUCCAAUUCCGCAUGAGCUCGGAGCUCUGAGCAUUCUUGGAACCCUGCGCCUGUCGUCGAACAUGCUGACAGGACCAAUACCACGAGAGUUAGGAAAAUGCAAGAGACUUUUCCGUUUGGAUCUUGGAAGUAACCUCCUAAAUGGGAGCAUACCUGAAGAGGUUACAACACUUGGUAGUCUACAGUAUCUUCUGCUCGGUGAAAAUAAGCUCACCGGAACAAUUCCGGACUCUUUCAUUGCAACACAGGGCCUUCUUGAGAUGCAGCUUGGUGGCAAUUCUCUGGAAGGAGACAUCCCUCGUAGCUUAGGCAACCUUCAGUACAUAUCCCAAAAUCUGAACUUUAGCAACAACAGAUUGAGCGGCCAAAUUCCCAGUAGCCUUGGCAACCUUCGGAACCUGGAGGUGCUCGACUUGUCGACAAACUCAUUGUCUGGUCCGAUCCCAUCGCAGCUGGGCGACAUGAUCUCACUUUCACAAGUGAAUGUUUCGUUCAAUGAGCUCUCUGGUCAGCUACCUGCUGGCAACUGGGGUAAGCUCGCUGAGAAGUCACCUGAUGCUUUCCUGGGGAAUGCUCAGUUGUGCAUACAGCCUGGCAAUGCACCUUGCUCCAAAAAUCAGUCUCAGAGAAACCGAAGAAGGAACACACACAUUAUUGUGACAUUGUUACUUUCAACAUUUGUUGUCAUGAUAGCUGGGCUAUGUGUUAUUCAUUACAUUGUGAAGAGGUCAAAGAGACUAUCCGCUAAAAGCGGAUCAGUACGUAACUUGGACUCAACAGAGGAAUUGCCAGAAGAUUUGACAUAUGAAGACAUCCUCCGGGCCACUGAUAACUGGAGUGAGAAGUAUGUCAUUGGGAAAGGCCGGCACGGCACUGUCUAUAGAACUCAGUUUGCAGUCGGAAAGCAGUGGGCAGUCAAGACGGUUGAUCUGUCCCAGUGCAAAUUUCCCAUUGAGGUGAAGAUACUGAACAUAGUGAGGCACCGGAACAUCGUCAGGAUGGCUGGAUACUGCAUCCGCCCCAACGUUGGCCUAAUUCUCUAUGAGUACAUGCCAGAGGGGACUCUCUUCGAGCUAUUGCACGAAAGGACGCCCCAAGUGGCUCUUGACUGGAGGGCCCGCCAUCUGAUCGCCCUCGGUGUUGCAGAAGGCCUCUCUUAUCUUCACCAUGAUUGUGUGCCCAUGAUUGUCCAUAGGGAUGUUAAGUCGAGUAAUAUACUGAUGGAUGUUGAGUUAGUGCCAAAGAUCGCAGACUUUGGAAUGGGGAAAAUUGUUGGUGAUGAGGAUGCAGAUGCAACAGUGUCUGUCGUCGUUGGCACCCUCGGCUACAUUGCUCCAGAGCAAGGUUACUCUACAAGAUUAACUGAGAAGAGCGACGUCUACAGCUAUGGAGUGGUGCUUCUCGAGCUCCUUACCAGGAGGAUGCCUGUGGAUCCUGCAUUUGGAGAUGGUGUCGAUAUUGUAACAUGGAUGAGAAUGAGAUCCAACCUGACGCAGGCAGAUCAUGGGAGCAUGAUGAGCUGCCUGGAUGAGGAGAUCAUGUACUGGCCUGAACAUGACCAAGCAAAGGCACUGGACUUGUUGGAUCUGGCGAUUUCAUGCACGCAAAUGUCAUGCCAGUUGAGGCCUUCGAUGAGGGAGGUUGUGAACAUCUUGAUGAGGAUAGACAAGAAUAUCAUUUCAGAACAUCACAAGUGAGACAUGAUAUUCAAUCUGUAAUCAUUCCAGCAUUCCACACUGAUACAAAUAAAACAUAAAUUCAGGUUCUCUGAAUGUAUUUGGAAUCAGAACAGUAAUCUCGAGUUUGAUUGCCAACAGGAGGGUU